AACCAAAAAGAAAAGCAAAGCGUAUACGAAUGACUAUAUAGAUCAAGCAUAACCUACAAACUUCUCUUCACAUUUAUGUACGGCUUGUUCUCAUCAAACUUCCCCUAUAUAUUUAGACGGAAAAAAGGAAUUCAAAGGCAUACACACACACUCUUGUCUUUUGGAACCCCUUUUCCAUGGCAGAAGCAUCCGCAUUUCUCGAUACAAGGAGGCAUGCUGUUGUAACGGGAGCAAACAAAGGAAUCGGGUUAGAGAUUUGCAGGCAGUUGGCCUCAAAAGGGGUGACCGUGGUCUUAACUUCAAGAGACGAGAAGAGUGGUCUCAAGGCUGUUUGCAAAUUGAAAGAAGAAGGCUCUGCCGCUCCCUCCGGUGAAGUAGUUUUUCAUCAGCUUGAUGUUACCGACUCUGCAAGCAUAGAUUCACUGGUUGAGUUUGUCAGUACCCGGUUCGAAAAGCUGGACAUUCUGGUGAACAAUGCCGGGAUUAGCGGUACCAUUAUAGAUUUUCAAGCCCUUACAAGUGCUGUUGAGCGUGUUGGUGGUUGGCCAACUGAUGAAGCGGAGUGGAAAACAAUGGCAACCCAGAAUUACAAAUUGGCGGUAGACAGCGCCGAAACGAACUACUUUGGCUCAAAAAGAGUGACCGAAGCUCUCCUUCCCCUGCUUCAACAGUCGAGUUCUGCAAGGAUCGUCAAUGUCUCUUCAGAAUUGGGACUUUUGCAGAAUAUUCCCGGAGAAUCAAUCAAGGAUGCCCUUGGAGAAAUCGAGAACCUCACAGGAAAUCAGAUAGAGGAGAUCCUGAAGAAAUUCCUGGAAGAUUUCCAGCAGGGUCAAUUAGUGGCCAAAGGCUGGCCAGAGACUAUCUCCGCGUACAAGCUCUCCAAAGCAGCUCUGAAUGCUUACACGAGGCUCCUAGCAAAAGAGUUCCCAACCUUCCUUGUGAACAGUGUUUUCCCGGGCUUUGUCAAGACCGAUAUAACCGGCAACAAUGGACUUCUAUGCGCUCCUGAAGGAGCAGAGGGCCCUGUUCACCUGGCUCUUCUCCCAGAAACGGGGCCCUCUGGCCUCUGCUUCUUUGGGAAAGAAGUCGGUUCUUUCUGAGAAACAAAGCUUGUUUGAUUGAAUAUCUGGCCAUAAGACCAAAUAUCAUGUGCCAAAAGGGGAAUGGAUUAUGACAGCAACCUGUUGAAAUUGAUGUAAUAUACAUGCAACCUGUUCUGUGCACUUUCACAAACUUUUAGUAAGAUGUUUGUCAGGCUUCUCUGUAUCAUCAGAUUCACAUAAUUUUCGAUAAUCGAUGUUACCUCCCUAAAA